AUGGGGCAAGAAGAACCUCAAAAUGAACGGGGCCAGCAUUUCCAGCUAACCCUUUGGGCCAUAGCUGUUGUCUUCAUGUCACUUCUCGGUGCCUGCUGCAUUGCAAGUUGUUUGGUGACUCAUAACAACUUUCUACGCUGUAAGAGAAGCACUGGAGAGUCCAGCCUACCAGGGCACCGCAGGAAGCUGACAUGCAUCGAAGAAAAAUCAGAACUGAAAGGAGACACCUGGAAUUGUUGUCCUGUUGGCUGGAGAGCCUUCCAGUCCAACUGCUAUUUUCCUCUAAAUGACAGCAAGACAUGGGCGGAGAGUGAAAGGAACUGCACAGGGCUGGGGGCUCACCUGGCCACCGUCAGCACAGAAGACGAGCAGAACUUUAUUAUUCAAUUUUUGGAUACACGAUUUUCAUAUUUCCUGGGACUUUCAAGUGAGAAUCCUAAAGGCCAGUGGCAAUGGGUGGACAGGAUGCCAUUUAACCCACAUAUGGUGUUCUGGCAUAAGGGUCAACCCAACAACCAUCAGAAAGAAAAUUGUGUUGUUCUUGCUAAUGACCAAAACAAAUGGGCCUGGAAUAAUUUUUCUUGUAACUUUGAGGCAUGUAGGAUUUGUAAGAAACCUGGAACAGUACUCAUCUGAAAGCUACAAAGGGGUUCUUGUGAUGAGGACAGAGAAGAACCCAUUAGACUAGGGCAAGAAUGUACAUGCUUCAUUGGAACAGAGAAAACAUACUAGGUCAUAGAACAUUUUCAGUCAUAAUGGCCUUAUUUAUUUUGUUUAAUUCAGUCAUGAUAAUGUGUUUUG